AUAUGCAUUGUCGUUUUCAUCGAAUGUUAUGUCUGAGAAUAAUAGUAUUGACGAAGGAUUAAUUUAUUUUUAUAUAAAUGGUGCUUCUAAUAAAAUACAUAUGAGUUAUAAGGGAAUAUGUCCAGUCUGAAAAUUGUGUAGGAGCAUGUAUGUCGGCUAGCACUAGAUAGUUGUGCUUGCGGUCAUGUUGGAAACCAGAUCUAUUCGUGGAAUGCCGGAUCCUUCUUGGAGCAACUACGGAGUCAAAGUAUCUCCACAUCAAAUGGCUAUUCCGAUUAGACAAGGCAAAACUGGCCAGGACGACAUAUGUUAUGUUGUGGCAAAAUAUGACUAUGAGCAUCAAGGACCACAGGAAUUAGAUUUGAAGAAAAAUGAACGAUAUGUUCUUUUAGAUGAUACUAAACAUUGGUGGAAAGUCCAAAAUUCUAGGGGCCAGGCUGGAUAUGUCCCCAGUAAUUACGUAAAGAAAGAAAAACCAUCACUUUUUGAUAGUAUAAAAAAAAAGGUAGCUACGGUUUUGGAAGAUAAAAUUGACAUUCUGCUGAGAGAAAUAAGAGCAAUAAAAGUAGAAAUGGAAAGUGUCAAAGAAAUAAGAACGGAGGUAAAGCAAAUAAGAAAAGAGAUGAAGGAAUAUAAAGAGGAGAUAUAUCAACUCAGAAAAGAGAAUGGUAAUUUAAAAAAAGAAUGUGAAACAAUUAAACAAGAGAAUGAGGAAAUGAAAAAAGAAAUAAAACUGACUAAAAAUAGGGUAGAUAAUCUCGAGAAAUAUGCGAAAGAAAAUAAUGUAAUAAUAACAGGAAUGAUAAUUGAUACAGAUGAUGCAAAAGCCUUAAAAGAAACAAUGGCAAAUUUUUUAGAAAUGAAGUUAAAUGUUGAGGUUAAACUAAAACGCGUACGUAAAUUAGGCCAAAAAACGUGUCUGAUGGAAUUAAGCUCAGAAGAAGAUAAGAAAAUGGUUAUGGAGAAUAAGAGCAAACUACGGAAUCUAAAGAAUGAGCGAAUUUAUAUUAACGAUGACUUAACAAAAAGCGAAAUAGAAAUGCGUAAAAUGAUUAGGGAAAAAGCGGAAGAAGAGCGAGCAAAUGGAAAAACAAUAAAAAUUGGAUAUAAAAAACUAAUUGUAGAUGGAAAGGUAUGGAGAUGGAACCAAAAUGAAGAACGAUUAGAGGAAGUGAACAAGAGGAAGUGA